AUGGACGCCAUCUUGUCCCGAGUCGGCAUAAGCGACGAUGAGCUACGGCAGCAUUGUGUGACGACGGUUCUGGAAGAGCUACAGCACACAAACAAACACGUUCAAGAUGUUGUUUCCUCGCUUAAGAAAGUGUUGCAAGUCGUACAGGCGUCUCGGGAGUUGCAGAAAUCGCUGGUUUUAUCGUCGUUGGACCAGGUACAAACGUCUUUUCGUCAAUUAGGCGAAUCGUGCAACGAAAUCGGCCCGUUGCUUCGGCUAUUGUAUCGUAAUUCGAGUGCAAUAGCCUCGACAGCAUUGGAGCAGCCAGUGACAUGCAAUACCAAUGGUACCGCCCAGCCCAAGACCAAGCUAGCAGUGGCGAACCCUUCGUCCACCUCUGCUAGUGAGUACGCGCCUUCGUCUGAUGAAGAGGACGAUACAGAGCCAGAAGUAAUCGAAGUGGAGCCUCCAGAGAAACGGAAAAAGCGCAAAGCGGCGACGUUGGACUUGUCGGCAUCACCGACGCCAGUCGUAAAGCGGAAGACGGUGGAGGAAGACAGUCAAACUCUACAAAAAAUGCUGACAGAAAAGCUUCAGAGUAUUCAAGCGAUUCCAGUGGCUGAUUACAUGAUUUUUACUCAUGAGGAGAUGACGAGUUUAGUAAAGAAAGUGUUUGCAGUGGCCAAGUUUGACGAUGGCUGGAAACCAAAAGAUGAUCCGACGCUAGCUCGGCUGUUGAGCGAGAUGGAAAAACGAAUUCAUCGUUUUAAGAAUAGCAUUGCUCAGGAUCGACGUUUGAAGGAGAUUAACCGAUGGUUGGAAGAGAUGACUGCAUUUUCUUUUGUUCCAACGUUGGAUCUAUCGUCGAUACCACCGAAAAUAACGGCCGUAGUCUCUUUCAUUGGCUCAAGAAACCAGAUCUCUACAAGCCUGACAGAAACAGCUAUCUCAGCGAAAAAGAUUUUGCAAGCCGUGAAAAAAGAUACAUUAAACGUGCACGAGAAGAGGAAGUUAUACUUCCAGCCUCUACUUGACGCAGCCGCAAUGUAUUUUUUUGCUGUCACUACGCAGCCGGCCAAACUGGCUGACAAUGAUAUGCAAGCCAACAGCCUUUGCGUGCUAGCUGAGUUAAGUGGUGGUCGAGUAUCUACUUUAAAGGAGUGUUUGCAGCUUGAAGCGCUGUUAUACUCUUUUCGGAUGAAGAUGUACCAUAACCCGACCAUGCAUCGCAAGUCUGCUGUAAGGUAA